AUGGCAGAGGCCGAUGCAACUGCAGCUGGGCCUCUGAACGAACCCGCUCCCACCUACAGCCCCUCCUCCACAUCGACUCCCUCGUCGCAACCACAGCAGCCCUCGCCCAACUUUGUCGCUCCCAGUCACUACUUGCGCCCUCGCGACAGGGCCCAUGGCUCAAAGUCCAGAGGCCCCAUGAGUCCCCUCGACAUCGAGCAGCUCGAAGGCCUACGAGCCAUUCGCGAGUUCCUCAAAGUCCGCACCAGCUACGACGUGCUUCCUCUCAGUUACCGCCUCAUCGUCUUCGACACUGCCCUUUUGGUCAAAAAGAGUCUCAACAUCCUCAUCCAAAAUGGCAUUGUCUCUGCUCCGCUCUGGGACUCCAAGACAUCAACCUUUGCUGGCCUGUUGACCACUUCGGAUUACAUCAACGUCAUUCAGUACUACUGGCAAAACCCCGACGCCCUCGCCCAAGUCGAUCAGUUCCGUCUCAACAGUCUCCGCGAUAUUGAAAAGGCCAUUGGCGUGCAGCCCAUCGAAACCGUCUCGGUACAUCCACUCCAAUCUCUAUACACGGCAUGUCGCCGCAUGCUCGAGUCUCGCGCUCGCCGUAUCCCGCUGGUCGACGUCGAUGACGAAACGCAACGUGCCAUGAUCGUCAGCGUUUUGACUCAAUACCGCAUCCUCAAAUUCGUCGCCGUCAACGUCAAAGACACUCAGAACUUGCGCAAACCCCUACGAGACAUUGAUUGCGGCACCUAUGGCGACCUGCAAACUGCCACAAUGGAGACUCCCGUCAUGGACGUCAUUCAUCUGCUUGUUAAGUACAGCAUAUCAAACGUCCCCAUCCUGGACCCUGAAGGUGGUGUUGUCAACGUCUUUGAAGCAGUCGAUGUCAUAUCGCUCAUUAAGGGUGGUGUAUAUGAUGACCUGAACUUGACCGUUGGUGAAGCCCUGCUAAAGCGCUCCGAGGAAUUUCCUGGUAUCUUCACUUGCACUCUCAACGACCGACUGGACUCGAUCUUCGACACGAUUCGAAAGUCCCGCGUUCAUCGUUUCGUCGUGAUUGACGAGGAUAAAAAGCUCAAAGGCCUGCUUACCUUGAGUGACAUAUUAGAAUACGUACUCCUUGAAGGCGAAGGAGAUGAGUUAUGA